GAAAGUAACCCGAGAACGAGGUUGUAUUACAUGUUCAUCACACCGGCUGCAGCAUGGCGUCCACAAGGAGAGUUCUGUCCCAAGAGGCGACCACUAUGCACUUUGAAACAAGCGAGAGUGUCGAUGUAACACCAACAUUCGAUGCUAUGAACCUCCGAGAGGAUCUCGUCAAGGGCAUAUAUGCUUACGGUUUUGAGAAGCCCUCGGCCAUUCAACAAAGAGCCAUCAAGCCGAUAGUGAGUGGGCGAGAUGUCAUCGCACAAGCCCAGUCUGGUACAGGAAAGACGGCAACAUUCUCCAUUUCAGUCCUUCAAUGCUUAGACACCCAGAUUCGAGAAACACAAGCGCUCAUUCUGUCGCCAACCCGUGAACUGGCCGUACAGAUUCAGAAGGUUAUUCUGGCUCUCGGUGACUACAUGAGCGUCUUAUGCCACUCCUGCAUCGGAGGGACGAGUAUCGGCGAAGACAUCCGUAAGCUGGACUUUGGCCAACACGUCGUGUCGGGAACGCCUGGCAGAGUCUUUGACAUGAUUAAAAGACGGAACCUGAGAACUCGCUCCAUCAAGAUGUUGAUCCUAGACGAAGCUGACGAAAUGCUCAAUAAAGGUUUCAAGGAGCAGAUCUAUGACGUUUAUCGUUACCUCCCUCCUGCCACUCAAGUCCUGCUCUUCAGUGCCACGCUGCCUCAUGAAAUCUUAGAGAUGACCACAAAGUUCAUGACUGAACCAAUCCGUAUCCUGGUCAAGCGUGAUGAGUUGACGUUGGAAGGAAUCAAGCAAUUCUUUGUGGCUGUGGAGAGAGAGGAAUGGAAGUUUGACACGCUGUGUGAUCUGUACGACACACUCACCAUCACACAAGCUGUUAUCUUCUGCAAUACAAAGCGCAAGGUUGAUUGGCUGACAGAGAAGAUGCGAGAAGCCAACUUCACCGUCUCCGCCAUGCACGGCGACAUGCCACAGAAAGAGAGGGAUGAAAUCAUGAAGGAGUUCCGGUCCGGCGCGACACGAGUCUUGAUCACCACAGAUGUCUGGGCCCGUGGGCUGGAUGUGCAACAGGUGUCACUAGUCAUCAAUUAUGAUCUGCCAAACAACCGUGAGCUCUACAUCCAUCGAAUUGGCCGAUCGGGUCGUUAUGGUCGUAAGGGUGUGGCCAUCAACUUUGUCAAGAGUGACGACAUUCGCAUCUUGAGGGAUAUUGAGCAGUAUUACAGUACACAGAUUGAUGAAAUGCCCAUGAAUGUUGCUGACUUGAUCUGAGGUAGCAGACUUUGGUCAGUGAGAAGUCCAAGAUGUACAAUAGUUUCUACAGCACACCAACAAGUCAGGAUACCGGACCCGGUUGCUUAGAUACAGUGUGGCCGAUACUGCAAUGGACACUGUUGCCCUUGUUUUUAAAAAACUUGAUGCAGACUUCGUUUGCAAGCCACGUGAAAGUACAAACAAUGUGUCGGCAUUCACACUAGUGUGGUGAGGUCUCCAUCUUGUGUACAUAGCAGUUUGUAGUUAUCAUGUUCAUAGAUAAACUUUUUUAAAGAUUAGUUCUUUUCCCCUAAGAGUAGAAUACAUGUACUUUUCAUUUCUGUGUUCACACUGGAGUUUUUGUUGGAACUAGCCGUGAUUGAAUCGUCUAAAAAUUUGGGAUUUGGGAAUUUAUGUUUUUUAGGCAAUGAAUGCAUGGCAUUUUUUCCCUGCAUUUUAUUUGAAGAGGGCGUUUAUACACAUCAGCAAGGAGCACCAUGCUAAUGACUUCAUGUUGGUUGAUAUGUUUUUGCAGUGCGAGGGGAACAUUUUUAAAAAAAUGUUUCUCUUGAGCCCCAGUAUGUGUAUAAAGUGAAUUACGAGAACCAUCAGAUUAAGCCUCACAAAUCCUGUUAUUUUUAUGGCAACUUCAUUAAGAUAUUAAUUUUACUGUAUUUUACGUGUAACUAAGGUAAUAUGAUUUUUAGUUGUCCAUUUUGUGAUUGUUGUUGGGUAUGGAUUCCCUUUUUUUUUUUUUUCUUUUUUGGCGUGUAACUUUUUUUUUGGGGGGGGGAGGUUAGGUUUAAAGAUGCGAUACUCAAACACAAAACCAGUCACUUGGACCAAAUUUUGUAAAGUGAGAUUUUGGCUCAUUGGAAAGGACAUUGAAUAAGCUUUCCAAUGAUGUACAGAAUAUGUGAAUCGGACAAAAUCUGAAGGAGUUUUAGGUAUUUUCAGUUCCCAAGUUUUGGGCCUCGGACAGUUUUUUAAAAAUCGAGAAACUUGUUGGUCAAGUUUCCCAAAUGAACUCCUUCGGAAAUUAACAAGUUAACUUUUUUGAAAGUGAAAACAUGUAUUAUGUUUAGCUUUAAAUGCCUGAAUCUGAAUUUCUGAAGUUUUGACUGUACAUUAAUAUAGGCUGUAUCUCAAAAUAUGUCCGUAUGACUUCUGUCUGUUUGUGCUGGAGGGUCGCAUCUUUGCAUUGCUCAGCAUGUUAGCAGUUCAGGUUUUUUUGUCUUCUAGAUCCCCAAACCAUAUUUUUAGCAGUGAGGCUUUCGUCAACUGAUCAGGGCGCAUUUCACGUCUCUGCUAACAACAGAAUUCCCCGCUGACAAUCACCAUUCAGUGCUAACAGCAAAAGCAAAAAAAUGAAUUCUUUGCUAACCCUGUUAGCACAGAAUCCUUAGUUACAGCAUGUACGCUGCUCUUUAGCCAAAAAUCCUCGCUAACCUGUGAAAUAGGUUUAAUUGUAAGCAUGGGAUUUGCUGCUGUGGUUAGUGUGGAUUUUUGUUUAUAUUACUAUGGCAAGCAGAGCCAUUACAUUGGGCCCAGUUUGUGCCAGUUUUUCAUUCAAUACUCAUUAACACAUUCCUCCUGGACUCUUAAAAGAACGUCCCAUUGUGCAGUGCAUUUUAAAUUUCUUUUUUGUUGUUUUUAAUUGACAGGCAUGCCAUUCAUUCACUUACCAAAGCUGGAUUAUGUAGUUAUUCUGCAUUAAACUUUUAUGAUAUUCAGGACUCUGGGUUUUUCAAUGAAGUAUCCGUUCGUCUUUUACGUAUUACUUUAAACUAUUUGGAUUAAAUGAGCCGUUUUUUAUCAAG